AUGCAAACCACAGUUGAGUUUCGGUGAUAUCUCAACGUGUUCGAACGUCAGCCAGUGCCGAUUGUGCCCUCGCCGGGAGAAGAUACCCAAGUGAUAGAUCUGACACCCGGUCAGAUACAAGCUGCUGUCGUGUGAUCUAUCUCUAUUUCACGGAAGAAAAGGUCAUUUUGAUCAGUGCACCAUCGAUCGGUUCAUAUAUCUAGCAGUGGAAACGUCGAUUUGUGAAUGAACCCCCGAGUGACGGAUGUAAUCUAACAAUAGUGCAAUUUCUGUCUGUGUCUGCAAGCGUGGAUAGUGUUGAGGUUGCAUUUCAGCUGGAACAGUUUUUUUUUUUUUUUUCGAUUUGCUUUUCCUCCUCACCGUGGAAGCUUUUACCAUUUUUUGUUGCAUCUUUCCAUACCAUCGCGCAGCAUCCAUCGUUCGCUCGUUCAUUCAACUGCCCAUCUCGCUUCCGUUCUGUUAUACACAUUUUUGCAGUGGUUUUCGCAAUAAAUUCGUUCGACUUUAUUUAGUAGUAAAAUGGAGCAGCGGAAUAAAGUGGUGAAUGAAGUUGAAAAGUUUAGUUAAGUAACUGCCGGAGGGCCUUAACUACAUCGCCAUUGACGCCGACAGAGUGUUUCCUAUGAAAACAGCUCUAGCCAUCAUUCUCCAGCUUUAACACCGAUGAAAAGUGUGAAAGUGCAGUGUGCAGAAGAGGCAAGUUUUCCCGGAUGGUGCAAAUUUACAGCCUCAGUGAAACAACCGUCGCUUACAAGUGCUGCCCAGUGAAAAUCGAUCCACGUUGAAUCGACACCACAAAACGUUGCUCCAAACCCGGACGUGGUAUCUGUCACAGCUCGAGAGGGAAUCCAAAACAGCAUCACAUUGGAAUAUCAGGAGCAGCAAAGUUGUGCGUGUCCGCACAACGACAACAAGUCUUCCUGUUUCAGAAUCAUGGUUACCAAAAUAUGGCGGAGUUGCUUUCCGUCAGCCGAGAACUCCCCCCGUCACGUCGAACGGCAUCAUUUCUAUCUGUGUCAGUGGCAAACUAACACCCAGGUCGGAAUAUGCUACCUGAUGUACCGGUUAAUCGUGGCCAUUCUGUUACUGGCGGUAUUGGCCUGCUCAGCGCUGGACAUUGGCCGAUCGGAACCGAUGCUGGAACAUCACUACGCCAAAUGGUGGAUCUACCUGACGCAUUGGGCCCUGAUAGCAUGUGCCCUUCAGGCUUGGCUGGCGGCAAUUAUCGUUACCAAAGGGCUGAUGAUUGACCGGAACGAGUUCGAAUGGAAUAUCCAUGUCGCCCGGGAAAGCCGACUUCAUGCUGUAUAUUGGGUUCUCUACACGAUUGCCACAGUUUACUCGUUCAUCGUUACGAUAGUCUAUUGGACGUUUGUUUACGAUCCUGAGAUUCAUCGUGUGGACGCUGUAAAUCUGAUGGUGCACGUGCUCAACUCCGUCAUAAUGCUAAUCGAUUUGACCAUUGUGGGACACCCGAUCAGGCUCAACCAUUCCUACUGGACGACCGGCAUCGGGGUGCUGUAUGCGCUGUUCUCGGUCAUAUACUAUCUGGCCGGUGGCACCGACAGACACAACGAGUCCAGCAUCUACAAGAUGCUCGACUGGCAGAAGCCGGGCAAAUCGAUUGUGAUUUGUGCAUUGGGAGUCUUUUUCGUCUUUAUCAUUCACUUCGUUUGCUACUGUAUGUACUGUCUGAGGGUGUGGCUGUACGCGCGGUUCUGCCUUCCGGAGCCGACCAGAAAUGGGUCCCGCAGUGCCGAUAAGAUUAGCUGCAUCACCAGAAGCCUCUCGACGAUGGAGGAAUCGCAGCGGGAACAGUUCCUCAACCCUUCGACCGUCAUCGAUCUCAAGUGAUACGAGGAAGGAGGACAACCGCCACAGCCACAACCAUCUGGCUCCUCCGCCUACCGGGUCGGAGGCGGUAAUCCUUCGGCCCAACAACAACAACAACAACAACAACAACAACAACAACAACAACAACAACAUCAACAUCAACAUCAACAGCAGCAACAACAGCAACAACAGCAACAACAUCAACAACCGAAACCAAAACAGUAUCAUCAUCAAGAGCCACAACAGUCAUUCACGUGCGCUCGUUAGCUCAAGUAAAUUAUAAUCUCUUUCUCAGUCAAGAGUCAUUGUUCGGUAGCAACCCGUUGGAGGGAAGAAAUAUCUCUCGCAGAAGUUUGAUUAAAAGGUAAAUUAAACUCUAACAAUAACCAACACGGCAAAACAAAACAAACCAAAACAAAAAAAAAACAGAAGAAGAGUUGAUUAUAGCGCAGUAACAAAUUGUGUAAAUUGGUAAUAAGAUUUUAAGUAGGUGGUUAGCUGAAGGUGAGUUUUUGUAUACAGUUUUAAACCACAGAAAGUUUAAAAAAAAUUAUUAAUCGACUGUUAAGAAGCAUGAAACUAUGCGUAGAUUCAUUGAUAUAUACAUAAAUAUGUAUCGCCACGAUUAGCAAUGAAUAGCGUGUGAUCGAUGAUAGUUUUCGAUCUCAGGAUACAACAUUUCUGGCGGUGAGCAGUGAUAGUCACGUUCCUAUGUUUUGAAGUAGUAGGUUACAGUAUUAUUUCCAGUAUAAUUAUUUUCCCAUAAAGCAUGCGUUCGUUUUGUUUUGCACAGAUCUCGUGAUUGAUUUAAAUAAUUUAUGAAAAUUGUGCUUCCAAAUAACUGCUGCAAUCUUUUUGAUAUGUUACUUUAUAUUAAUUUAUAGAAAUGUAUCGUUUACGGUAUCCCGGGGCAAGUUGAAACGCACCGGGAGUUGAAACGGAAGGCGUAUCUCGUAGUAGAAGCGAAUAAUCACUGUGGUUAUUUUUAAUACAGUAAUUACGCUAGUGCACAAUGCCGCUAAAAAAGAUACUCUGUCCGUUUCACCAUUCCUGCACGUGUCAACUUGCCCCGGUGUACCUUACAUAUAAUUAUGUGCUCUGCAACGGGCAGUGCAAGUGAAUUUUCGUGCAAGAAUUUUCUCCCCGGCACUUACAGGAAUUGAAUGACUUUUGUGUCCGCCGCUCAGGAACGAAAAGUGUAUCGCUAGUUGGAAUGAUUUUUUUUUUUUGAACGGUUGUUAUAAAAUUAAUAAGCUCUCAUUAACACCUAGGUUUGAUAUUACAUUGGUAUGAAAAUAUACCCGCGUGAAACAUGGUUGUUUGAUUCAAUUAGAAUUGUUUGUAUUUAUUGGCUCAACAUAUUCAAAGGUUUGACGGUUGUUCCUUCAUAUCAACUUGAGUUAAUUUUAGUGGGGACAUCAUUGAAUUGCCUCAACUUCAAAUGGGGAUGAUCAGGGUUGCUUCAACCCACUUGCUAUAAAAAAUUUUUUUUUCGGAAUUAUGAAAUCAUUAAAUGAUAUAAUGAUAUUUGGAACAUGUAAGUAACAGAAAGAGGUUGUAAAGUAUGUGUUUGACUCAUAAAACCUGUCAAUUUUGCCUUUAGAGCAUCACAAUCAGCGAUUUUAUGAUUCCUGAGCAUUCCCUCAGCGUGAGUGCUCACGAAUCGUAAAAUCGCUGAUUCUGGUUUUAUGCGGCAAACAUAUACUUCGUGACCUGACUUGUAGCUUACAAGUACUAAUUAUCAUUAUAACAUCUAAUGAUUUCAUAAUUCCGAAAAACAAUUUUUUAUAGCAAGUGAGAUGAAUCAACCCUGGUGGUGAUUAACUGCGAUUACACAAACAAGAAGAAAAAAUUUUGACGAGAAAGUUGUAUAAACUUGAAGAACAAACACCACAUUGAUUGUGAUUAAAAUGCAGAUGUGAACAUGUACAUGUUUAAGAUAUUUGCAGAACAACUGCAAGGUGACAUAAGGCUGCGAAAAUCUCAAAAACUCAAAUCUCAUGGCUACUAUUUUUGCCUUGCGAUUUUCAAUUGCGCAAUAUUCACCGAUGAGAUUUACGGUUCAAAAAUGCAUUGCUUUAUAUUUUGGCAUUUUUCAUUGAUGUUAGUGUUUAAUUUGUAUUAUUCAAUGGUAAACUAACAUACAUGUGCAUUGUGCAUGCUAUCA